CCGGGCGCCAAGGGUGACUCCCGAGUAAAUGUUUGUGGACACCCCCCAUGGACAUAUCCAUGGAGAUUUUGGGGCUCGUUCGGUGAACCGUAGAAGAAGCCCUAAGAUAAGAAUGAAAGAUGUCUGGAUGAUAAUCAGAAGAUCGAGAGAAAUGACUAAGAUUUGAAGGAAUUUCAAGCAGGCAACGUAUGAAGCUUUUUGUUUUGUUUCGUUCCUGUUAACCAAUUCAGACGCAACGGCACGACGCCGUGGCUGUGCGGUGCUGUCCACGUACGGCACCGUCCAUCGUCAACAGUUGGUCACAAUUCCCUCCCCGGCCUUGCCUAGGCCAUCCCAUCGCGUCGCAUCGCAUGGGGUCCCCUAAAUCGAAACCGAGCUCCCCCAUGGCGUCCUCUAAGCCCCCCACGCCGUCCUCUAAAUCGAAAUCGAGCUCCCCCGUGGCGUCCCCCGCGCUCCACCACCAGGCGCGCCGGCGCCGGCGCCGUUGCCUCAUCGCCACGACGGCCGUCCUGCUCGCCCUGGCCGUCGUCCUCGCCGUUCUCUUCCUCACCGUCCUCCGCGUCCGCGACCCCACCAUCCGCCUCGUGUCCACCCAGUUCGUGGGCGCCGCCCCGCGCUUCGCGCUCCUCCCGACCCCGUCCAUCCGGCUCAACCUCACGCUCCUCAUCACGGUGUCCGUCCACAACCCCAACCCGGCCUCCUUCACCUACGCCGACGGGGGCCACGCCGACCUCUCGUACCGCGGCGCCCACGUCGGGGACGCCGAGAUCGACCCGGGCGCCGUCCCGAGCGGCGGGGACGCGGAGGUCCGGCUCGUGCUCACGCUGGAGGCGGACCGGUUCGCCGCCGCCGGGGACUCGAGGCAGCUGGCCGAUGACGUGGAGAGCCGGGCGCUGCCGCUGGACGCCUCCACCACGGUCCCCGGCACCGUGCUGCUGUUCGGCGUCUUCAGGCGCAGCGCCGUGGCCUUCUCCGAGUGCAGGCUCGUGUUCGCCGUCAUGGAGAUGCGCGUCCAGAGCCACCAGUGCAACAGCCGCACCAAGCUCUGAUCCGGUGAUCGAUGGGUCUCGCCGGAGAAGAUUGGGUGGGUGGACCGUGGACGCCGCGCGCGGCAUGGCCGUGAAGAGGGGCGCCACGUGCAGCCACAGGGAGGUUUGGUGUGUGCGGUUACACGUUCCAACGGUUUGGUCGCCGGAUACGAUCGAGGAUUUGGAAUUUGAACAGCGGAUUCCCGCAAAAUCGAUGCGUUCGUUCUAAACGUACGUGCGAGAUUGGGAAUUUGUAUUUUUGUAUGUAUAUAUGCAUGAUCUGAUGAUAAGCGACGACUUGAACAUAGUACAGUAGUAGCGUAGUUCGUUGAUCGUCAUACAUACGGUGUGCUGAUGGCUUGGUAAUUCGCACAUGAAAAAGAUCAAAGAUGAUGUCGCCUGGUGUUUUGCCAAGUCAGUGAAAGAAACCGCAUCUGGCCUCA